GUCAACCGUCUCAGAUUGACCUCACCCUCAUUCCACAGGAUCAAUAGUAGGGAGGAAGAAGAGGAUGAAAAGGAGUACGAGGAAGAGGAUUUUGAGAUCAUCGAAUUUGCAGUGACAGCUCUUGGGACCUUAAAGACAAGCAGGAUUUAGACAACCUCUGCUCGGAGGAUCCCAUGGAGUGUGAGCUCACAGACCAAAGUGGCCUCCUUCCCAUUGGUCAGAUACUGUAUGUCAGGUAUGACUGCCAGCUCUCAGAGAUAGUUAUGUUUGCCUCCCUCCUAGUGGACAAAUGUACUAAUGCAUGGACCAUAUUCAGAAGUUGACCAAACCCAAGUGACAUAUGACAUAGUAUGCUUGGUGGGCAGGGUGGGAAAUUCACUUUUUGGUUCACCAGCCACUGUGACAAGUAGAUUAAGAAAUCUACCAGCCACUUAGAGUUUUUACAGCCAAAAUAUUUUGCCAUAAUUACACACACAAAAUAUAUCUAUCAAUGGAUGAGCAUGCGUUCUGUUUUUCUAAAACAAGAAAUGUAUUACUAGUAAGAACGAAUUGGGUAUAUUGCUUAAUGUCAUUUCAUUUUUGUGACCUGCGUCUUUUAACCAACGUUAAAAUAAAUAAUUUAGAUACAAUAGUAAAAAUAGAAACAGUUCUACAACUGAACAUCAAGAAUCAACAAAGUGCCUACCCUGCCACAAAAGGCUUCGACAUGGCUUAUUUAUUAUUAUAGUUCAGGGCUCUACGCUGACAUUUUUUAUAAGAAGUACAUGACAUACUCCUAAGUAGAAAUGUAGAAGAACACAAAUAAAUGUAGGAGAACAAGUAUUUGAGUGUUUUAAUAUAUGGUGCGAAGAUAUGGUGCGUCUCUCUCCAGAAUGCAUGCAUAUGUAGCAAAGUACCCAUUUGGCAAUGUCUGAUUUCUGAUUGUCUUAACUCACCACGUACACCACUCAUUUUUUCUUCGCCUCACACAAGUCAACGAAGUCUGUUUUUUUAACAUCCAUUGCGAAUGAUAGUUCCUCGGUAUUUGAAAAAUAUUUCCAACACUCCCCGCCUCGAUAAUCACCAAGCCGUGUGAAAGAGCAAAAUAUCAUGAUCUGAUGAUCCCAAAUAUCCAGUCAUACAAAACAUAAUAAAAAACAGCUUUCUGUCCCGAAACUAUGGGGGCCCGGAAUAGGCUAGUUGAUGCAAUGUUGCAAGUUCGCUAACAACAGCGUCUGGGCGGCCCAAGUGAUGAUUUGAUACAAUGUUGCACUCACUAGCAAUAGCUCAAAUCAAGACGGAUAGAAGGGGAGGCAGACAGGCGGAGUAGAUAGAUGAAUGUGAUUGAAAGAACCGGAAUUUUUAUCCGGAUAUUUUCUACUGUUUGUAUUUGUCGGCUUUAGGCCUAUGUUUUUUACUUAGUUGACAAUGGAAGUUAUAGGCCCACUGCUGCAUCUCUGAGUUAUAUGCUCUCAUUUCUUUAGCCGCCAGUGGAUCACAGUGUGUCCAUACGGCAGAGGCUAGUGCUCUCCGCAUAGUUGAAUUUUAACUUUAAGAUUUUGAUCAUUUUAUUUCAGAUUUUUAUGAUUAACCAUGUGACAAUGAUUUUGAGAAACGAAAACGUUAUUAUUUAAAUGAAACUGUUUCAAGAAAAUGCUCAUGUAAAAAUUAUAAUAACUGGCACGCAUAUCGGUAGAAAUGGUUGGAAACGUCUAUACUAUUACAACCAUUUUAAAAAAAAAUGUGAACGCGCGAGAACACAGGACAUCAGCACACAGGACACAGCUCACCUCACAUCAGUCCAGUGUAUAAAGUCACCCUCAGUACGAGGGAGCCCUAUGCUAUCUCCACCUUGCCUGCAGUCCUGUCACUUUGAGUGGGUGAAACUAGAGCUGGUGUAUUUCCGAGUUCCAAGUACCCAAUCUUGAACCUUCCCAGUCUUAUGCCGCGUUCAAAACAACUGGGGGGAAAAAACGAAUUCCGACUGGGAAAAAUCGUUUUGAACGGUCAACCAAGUCGGAAUUCCAAGUCGGAAACUCAGACAUCUUUUUAGAGCUCUGACUUUCCGACCUGAAGAUCACUGAAGUCAUGAUUUGACCUCUUUUUUUUUUAGAGUUCCCAGUUGUCUUGAAAGCACCAUUAAUGGUAGCCUGGCUGCCGCGACUCUCGUGAUACACAUCUAGGGAGAGCUGUAACACACUGGUCUAGACAGGAGUCUAUUGUUAUGUCGUGUUCAUGACAACUGGGAACUUGGAACUUGAACAUUUCCAACAUCUGACUUCAGUGCUUUCAAGACAACUGGGAACUCCAAGUCAGAAACUCUGGCAUCAUCCUAGGGCAUCAUCCUAGAGCUCAGACUUCUAGAUCUAAGACUUCUCACUGAUGUCACGAUUUGAGUUCCCAGUUGUCUUGAAAGCUCUCAUUGUUUGGAUUUGAAAAUCCAAUAGUUGUAUUGGAAGGGGGUGGCUCUCGGGGGCUGUGUGUGGCUGUCCAUGUGGGUGUUUGAGUGAGAAAGACACAGAGGAGAAGCAAUCAGUAAAAAAAACACAUCUCCUUCAUUAUCGACACAUCUUGAUGACAACGUCAAAAUAGCCUUUCCAGACUCUGAAGUCAGGAAGACUUCGAGUUAGGUGUCAACCAGACUAUAACUUUAUGGUGCAUUACCGCCAAACUCCAGUAAACUCAGUUCCCUCUUUCUUUUGAAGACUCACCUGACUCCCAAGGGGAAGGGGGGUGACUGCCCAGAAUACGGGAACAGAAAUUGUCUGACUGGCUUGUCAAUAAAUACCCUUAAAUGUGCAGCCUUUUUUACGCAUUCGAUUACAUUAAAUGCAUCACUUUUACAGUGGUAAAUUAUUAUUGCAGUGCUUAAUAUGCUCCCAAUACAAGUCAUUCUAAAUUUCCAUAUUAAUAUUAGUGAUACAAAUGUCCAUGUUACAGUGUAAUUCCAUUAGUUUUUCAGCUAUAUGAGCAACUUCCGGCCAGGUUGGAGCAGUGCCCCUGGUUUACAGCACCCAGAGAUAUGGCACCAGCCUGGGCACUCUGUACAGGAGCAUGGGGGGCAUGGACUGUAGCACCAAUACCCUCACUGUCAUCAGAGAUAACUAUGGACAGGUGAGGAGUAACUGAGGCCUUUUAGUGGCCUAAACCAAGUUUUCCCACCUAUGCCAUAAGUCUGUCAGUGUCCAUUUUUUAAAAUCCCUCUUCUGUAACUCUAUUUAUUUGUCCUAUAGGUGUUUGGUGUAUUUUGUCCCACUACUCUUUGAAUCAGUCUGUCAUACUAUAGAACAGGACACACAAUUCCUCUUCUCCUUCUCUCCACAACUCCAGGUGAACUAUCCCCAUGUCGCGUCUCAGUAUCACUGGCUCAGGGCUGGAUUCUAACCCAACAUAGCAAUAUUGUAUUACUGCAUAAUGAAUGUUUCAGUUCACAAACAACAAGCUAUGAUCAUAGUCUAUUUUCCAGGUUUAUGAAUGGAAGUUUAGUAACUCCUUCUUUGUGAAGGGAAGUCCAGACUACCUGGCAUUUGGUGGAGGAGGUUGAGUGAAAAUCGGUCCACUAUGGUCAAUAAUCUAUAACUCAACAGAAUAUGGAAGAAACUAGUGGUCUAAAGGAGUGCUUGAAUGUUGAGGAAUUAUGUUCUCUCUUCCUCCCCCUUCUCCUGCUCUAACAUGCUCUCAGGGGUCUCUUUGGCCUGGGGUUAGACGAUGGCCUGAUCCGUGGGCAGAGCCAGAAGUGUGACACAUUUGACAAUUACGUGUUGGCCUCCUCUGAAGACUUCCUCAUCAACGACCUGGAGGUUUGGGCCAUCUCCUGA